AUGGACCAGCUGGAUGCGAUCAACACCGCCAUGCAUGCUUUUUCCAAUUUGUCCAAGGCACGAAAGGGCUGGGGUAGCCACACCUUUUCCAAACACGAGCCUGGAUGGACGUUUUGGUGUUACCUGUACCAGUGGGUGAUUCAGGAAGUUGCGUCGUUCCAAGGCGAUGCCGGUCGCGUCACGGUGCUGACCACAGUCAUCGAAAGAGACAUGUACGCGCUGGACGCGCUCGAGAUUCCGCGCAGUCUGUCGCUGUAUUUCAUGUGGGGAGUGCAAUACUCCUUAAUCCUCGUGUACAUUGUCACAAGUCGGUGUUGCAUUGGACCGUUCAACUUGUUUGAAUUGGAUCGCGUGGGGGCGAUUGUGUGGGCCGACCGCCUCCUCAUUUUGCUGCGCUCCCUUUCUGCGCUGAGUCUCCUCAGCACGGGCAAGUUGGAGCUAAAAUUGACUGAUUUGUGUGCGAAAGAGUGGCAUUGCAUCAACGGCGCCAUCAAUUGCCGACAUCGUUUCCGCCUUGGCGCGGAUCGAAGGCGGCGAGAGUGCUGCUGA